AUGAACCUCAGUCCAUUUGCGUUGUUUUUGUGCUGGGAAUGUCGUGAUUUGCUUCCACAUGUGCGCAUCUACGUAAUUCCGCAGGAAAGUGUUGUGGAGAGCGGUCUUUCAUCAUUUUUCUCGAAGUGCCAACGAUUGACAAAUUUGGACGUGAGCGAGAAUGAGCGACUCACUGGGAUGCCUUCGUUUUUAUCCCUUCCGUUAUCCCUUAAUACACUCCGAAUCGGCGGUUGCUACCGACUUGUCGCACAAUCUCUGAUUGCUAUUGCAAAAAGGUGCACAAAUUUGAUCAGUGUGGUUAUGAACAGUAUCGACACUCUUAAUAUAUUGGAUUUAAACAUUUUCUUCGCCUCACUCCCGAAGUAUGUUUUCUCCUCGGUUGUUCUU